AUGGGUCUGACGGGUAGCGAGGAAGAGAUACAGACUGCCACCAAAGCCUAUCGAGUCUACUACAGCAUUGGACCCAGUGAAAACCCCAAUGACUACCUGGUGGAUCACACUAUCAUCAUGUACUUGGUCGACCCCAAAGGCGAUUUUAGAGAGUACUACGGACAAAACAGGACUGCCGAAGAAAUAUCGCACUCCAUUGCCAACCACAUGCUUAGAUAUCAGAGAAACUGAUAAUAAUAAUAAUUAUUAUUAUUAUUUUUCUAAAGAGCGGUCACACUGCAUCGUGCACAUGUGAACUGACUGUUGA